GUUCAAGUCUGGCAACGUUGACUAUGCGCUGGAUACAGCAGACAGUAUGGCGGACAGCGAAAGUGAUUUGGAAACAGACGGACUUGAAUUAGCCCUGGACACGUUGUGCGAUAGACAUUGCAGCAACGAGUCGUCUCUGAAAAGCAAAGGCUAUUGCUCUGAGUUUUGUGAGCUGGUUGAGGAGUACACGGGGCAAUGGCAGGUUCCUCUCCCUCAGCUGAAGGUGUUGCGGACGGCACUCUGCAGUUUCACCAAAGCCACUGCUGCCUUCCCCGAUGACUGUCACCACAUCCACUAUGUUCUCAGCAGUAUGGCCCUGAGCUUUUUUGAACUGAUGCUGUUUUUUAGCAAGGAAGAAUUUGUGGAAGAGCCUUUAAAAGACAUCCUUGAUUCCUUUCAGGAGUGCCACUCUCAGCUCCAGAGGCACAGGAACAUCUACCUUCAGCAUGUGAAGCUGAUCAUCAAAGCAGGAGGCCCAUGGGAGAAUCUGGUGCUUCAGGGAAUCCUGAAAGAGGCGGACUUGCCAUUAAAAGAAGUCGAUGACUACUUAAGCUCAGAGUUGCCGGUAUUCUUUGAGCUGCGGAUUCGCUAUUUGCAAGCCUGUGAGCGAAUGCAAGAGGCGAUGGCCCUGUCCAAAAGCUGCCUGGAGAAUAGGGAGGCUGGAAAACAUCUGUACUUCCAUCAGGCCUACCUGACCUGCCUCUACAAGGCCUCACUGCAUGAACAUCUUCACAAGGAGAUGGCGGAGAUAGAUGGCCGUGAUGCUGUGGAGAUCAUCUGCAACACCGAGAGCGUUGAAAAAGAUGAGCUUCUGUUGUCCCUAUGCAAAGCUUUCCUCACCCAGCAGCUACACAAUGGAGACAUGUACUACAUCUGGGACCUGGUGUUCAUCUGGAGCAGGCUGCACCUUAGGGCCCAUCCCUCCACACAUGGUUUCCUGGCCGAGUGUUUGCAGUUGGCUUCUUCUGCCACUAACGUCAGAGCCAUCUUCCCCUUCAUCAAACUGGUCACCACAGAGCUGGGGGUUGAAGGAGUCCCGGUCUGCGUGGAGCUUUGUGCCAGGGCCUUGCAGCUGGGCGACACGCAGGCCGACGGCGUAACCCGCUCCCUCGUCUGCAAGACCAUCGCCUUCCUGCUACCUCACGACCUGGAGAUCUGCCGAGCGUGCGCCCUGCUGGUCUUCUGCCAGGAGCGCACCCUGGAAGCUUACCGGACGGUGUGCCUGCUGUACAUGCACCCCGACCAGGAGCCGCAUCCCCGAAACAGCCCCGUCAGGACCAACGUUCGCUUCCACAUCGUGCAGAUGCUCAAGGAGCACCUGUGUUUUGACCCGGAGUUUUGGAACCUCAUGACCCUCAGGACUCACUGCUUGGGGUUGAUGAGCGACAAGGUCAUGAAGGCUGUUGUUCUCAGCGAGAUGAUGGAGGAGGAGAAGGAAUGCAGUGAAGAACUGUCAAUAAAUACACGUGUAAAUGACUCGUGCACACAAGGGUUUGAAUCCGGCCAGCGCACAGUGGCUGGAGGGAGAAAAAAGUGUGUGUCCCCAUCAAAUAUUGUUCUUCUGAAGAGGAGAAAAUGGAGGAACCGCCUGCGAAGCAGAAACCAAUCUUUGUCUGACGAUGAGGCCGACCGCGGUGAUGAUCCAGAGAUCAAAUACAACCUCAAAUCAACCUCUUAUGGUCACAAGCCUGUUUAUUCACUAAGGCGCAUGAAAGCUAACAUCGAAAACUCCGCCAUAGUAAAACCCCCGCUUAACCGCAAGAGAGAAUACUUGUCUAGAUGUGUGAAGAGCCAAAUCUUGAAAAGGAAGGGUCGGAAGAAAAGAUGGUUGCAGGGUCUUCCCAGGCUGGAGCAGGUGCAGCCACUCAAAGAGAAGAAGGUCAAAGUCGAGGAGAAUAAGAGCAAGGGCAAAGGGAAAAAACGUGGACGGAAGCCGUUACAGAAAAUGGAACUCUCUUACCCUGAUAAUGAGAUGUGGCUCUCUGAGGAAGAGUUUGGUUUGGAGGAUAUAACUGACACAGAUGACAGAGAGCUGGAUAUGCCUCUGCUGGAGAACGAACUUGAACAAAAGAGCCGACGUAAAGAGGGUCGAUUCGAGCAGAUGGAUAAUCUUGAGAGGGAAAAUGAACUUGAGAAACACCCGGACUUGGUGUGCAGCAUCAGUCCCAGUGAAAACCCCCCAAAGGGAUCUAAAACAGAGUUUAGUGAAGCUCUUCCAGAGGAGCCUCGAGCGGCUGUUCCUUCUGUGGAAGCGGAUCCUGAACUUGAUGGUCCACCCUUAGAGUUACUGGUUUGCCCGAUUGAAGUGCUGCACAACUACUCUCUCAAAUCCAAAAAGCCCGAAGGUGAGAAACCUCCUGAGUCCUUGGACUCGGAGGAGGUGAACAGCGACUCCGAACAGGAGGCCACAGAGGAAACAGAGGUGUUGAACACUGAGGUGAAAGCCAAGAGAACGUGGAAGGACCGAGUACUCCGCACUCAACAGUACGCCCACUUGACGUACCACUGCAACUUCUGCCACAAAGACUACAAAGGCCUGAACGUUAUGAGGCACGCUCUGUCGCACCUUAAGAGUAGGAAACUCAAGUGUAUACUCUGUGGAAAACGCUUCAAACAGCUCCCCUUUGCCAAAAAGCAUAUCCUGGACCACAUCGAUGAAAUGAGCAAGCCGAAACCCCCCUCGAGACAGCCGUGCACUGGACAUCCGGCCGCUAAUGGAGUGGUACAUGAUGUGAAAAAUAAGAGUCCGCCUCCGAAUGAAAGCCUGACUUCUAUCUCGGCAGAGGAAACUCCCGAACAGAAAUCCGGGGGCAAGACCAAAGUGUCGAUGCUCAAGAGGGAAGACCGGAUCAUCCGAAACCUCCGCACGCUCAUCAAAAAGACGUCUGUGCUUCACAGGAAGUGCAAGAAUCCCGAGGCGAGAACAUUCAAGCUGGUGGAAUUCAAGGACGAGCAGGUCGUCAUCGACGACGGCACGGUGACUGUGAGAGAUCCGUCCGUGGUGGCGGAGGAGGAGGAGGAGGAGGAGAAGAAGAAGAAGCCGGCCAGGGAAAACGGCUGCGGCGCGGACACGUAUCACCUGUGCCCCUCGGAGUCCUGUGACCGAGUAUUCCUGAGGAUCAGCGCCACGCUAACAAAGCAUGCCCUCAAAUGCCACAUCACCGAAGAGAAGGUGCUGGAGAAGACGUUUGUGUGGACCAAACACAAGUGCCCCCUGUGCCUCAGGCCCAUACAGUUUCUCCAGCAUUACAAGGACCACAUGAAGCUCCACGGUACUGCUCUGCAGCACUUCUGCUACCACCUGGAGUGCAACCGGCGCUUCUCGACUCUGCAGGACCUCAAGGACCAUGUGAACACUCACCAGCCCUUCAGACCUCAAUGUUCAGUCGCAGACUGCGAGAAGCUCUUCUCAAGCACUCAAGGUCUCUAUGACCACGAGUGGAGACACUACAUCCCGGCGCCUCAGAAAGAAGAACUCGAGUUGGGACCCAGCAGACCGAUGGAGCAGAGUGAAGAAGCCCCGUGGAAGCAGAGAGUGAAGGUGGAGGAUCUAUGGCUUCAGAGUAAGAAGGGCCAGAGAGAAAGUCCGAGCCCUGGUCCUCUGGAAGCUUUAAGAGAGAUGAACCAAACCGAAGACCACGCGUCCAAACCUCACAAUGGCUCCGGAAGCGCAGUCGGCCACGAGCCCACGGGCGGACGCAAGGACGCCGUCAACGGACACGAGGGCGAGACGAGACCCGGACCGUUGAAAGCAAAGGCUCUGGCCUCUCGUGGCGGCGCGGCUGCGAGUAAGAGCUGCCGGAAGAGAGCGCCCGUCGAGUGGGACCCCUUGAACGUGCGAGACCUGGAGGAGAUGUCCACUUUGUCCGAGGGCGUCCAGAAGACACUCGGAGAGCCGCACAUCACCGAGCACAAGACCUUUAAACCCGAGGACCCCGCGUACGCCACCUUCGUCAAAGCGCCCUUCAUCCGGCCGCCGCCCUCCACCUACCUCGACGAAUCCAGGCUGUCGAUGCGCAAGAGGCGGUCCAAUGAGGAGGCCGCGCCGAAGAAAACCGUCUACUGGAGCAAUAAGAAAUACAAGGAGGCCGUCCCGGAGAAGCAGCAGGCGGGGGAGAACGUGGCCUCCGCGCAGAAGACCAGGCAUCGCUGUGACAAAUGUCUUUCCUCUUUCAGCACCUUGGAGGAAUUGCAGAAACACAAGAGCCUCAACACCUGCUCGUCGCUCUUUGGCUUCGAUUCAGACGAUGAGAGUUAGUGUGUGAGAGGAGCUGUAACCACGGUGACCAUGUUCUCCUCCUGGCGCGGGGCGAGCAUCGGAGAGAAAGGAACGCCGGAGCGCUAUGCUUAUGAAUGCCACUCGGUGUUGAAUACCAGUUUGUAAACAAAGGGAAAAUAUGUGCCAAAAUGUUUAAUGAUUGGAUUUCCUUUUUCUUUCUGUUAAAUUGAUUUGUUUUAAAGAAAUAAUUUUCAGCCAAAACUAGUUGUGAAUGAAUAUAUAUUCCCCUAACGUAUGGCAAUUCGAUAUUCAUUUGCUUUUUCAAGCAACGUGGUUACAAAGAACCUCAUUUUCAUUUCUUACAGAAAGCUUGACGUUUUAUUUUUGAUAAUGAAAGACAUUUGUUGUAACAUUUGUUGUAACACUAAAAUGAAAAUGUAAAAUGUGUUUAUUUUUCAGUUUGAUGGGAGGGGAGUUAUGUAAUGCUUACAUCUGUUGUCUCUUGAUUUUUGGAGAUUAUUGACAAAAGGUACCUUAAAUAUUCUUCAUUUAGCAAUAAAUGGACCCGUAGUAAUUUAUUUAUGGGACAGAAUGCGUUGGUAUUAAUCUGGCUUUGAGUUGGGGUUUUUUCUCCUCAUGCCUUGGAGCGACUGAGGGACUUCUUGAACAUCUGGCUUUCACACCUGUGGUGUUCAAAUAUUAUGCCAAAUGGCUCCAGUCCUGUCCUUUGUGUUGUCCAUAUAAAGUAUGUGGAAAACAGUCCUUGCAACUGUAUGAAAUAUACUGAAAAUCCUAUUGAUUGGAAAAGAUCAGCUUAAUGAGUGUUGCCUUCUCAUGUUUGGAGAAAUAUCGCUGUCUUCCUGAGCGUUGGUCUCUAACGAGGAUGCACACAAACGGUAGACCGGUAGUGGGUCCGUUCAAUUUGAUUUGAAUUCCAAAUAAAUGCUCCAAAGCGUUAUCUCCUGCAGCAGCUUUUCAAACUGAGGUUCUUUGGUCCUUACCUUUGGGUUUUAAAGCAUCGGGUUUGCCUCAAGAAUCACUCUCAUCGAAGCAUUUACCAAAAUGUCCGAAACCAUAUAGAUCUGCCUUCAUACUGUCACAAUAUUAUCCUCUUCAGUAUCGAAAGAAUUCACCACUACAUUUGUGUCAGGUCUGAAUCUCAGUGGACUGUAGGUAAAGAUCAACAUCAUACAGUGCCAGUUUGCUCUAAAUGUUAAGUUUUCUUUUUACUGUUUGACACCACGAUCAUCAUGUGACUUUUAUGUGUAUAUAUUUGAGAUGGUUGAUCUGUUCAUCUUUUUUAAUGUAAUCUUUUUAUGGGACUGCUUAUUUAUAUGUACAGAUGUUAAUAUAUUGGAUUUGAAAAGGUAUUGAUUCCCUAUUUUUCUUAAAGAAAGUGACUUGUGAUGUUUUAAUAAACAAAUUAAACUAGA